AUGCGCCCACGUGGUAUCUACAUCUGUGAUGGAUCUCAACAUGAAGCCGAUGAGAUCAUUGACAAGCUUAUUGAGCGUGGUAUGCUAUCGCCGUUGAAGGCCUACGAGAACAACUAUAUCUGCCGUACGGAUCCCAAAGAUGUGGCUCGUGUCGAGUCCAAAACAUGGAUGGUCACACCGGACAAGUAUCAAACAGUAACGCACACACCUGACGGUGUGGAGCCGAUUAUGGGCCAUUGGAUGUCACCCGAAAGUUUGGCCACCGAACUGGACAGCCGAUUCCCUGGUUGCAUGGCUGGUCGUAUCAUGUACGUGAUUCCAUUCUCUAUGGGACCUAUUGGAGGACCGUUGUCAAAGAUCGGAGUACAGCUGACCGACUCGAACUAUGUGGUGCUGUCGAUGCGGAUUAUGACCCGUGUGAGCCACGAUGUUUGGGAUGCACUCGGCGAAAACGACUUUGUGCGAUGUAUCCACUCAGUCGGACUGCCAAGACCAGUGAAACAACGUGUCAUCAAUCAUUGGCCUUGCAACCCUGACAAGGUACUGAUCGCCCAUCGACCCGCCGAAAGGGAGAUCUGGUCGUUCGGAUCUGGCUAUGGAGGCAAUUCCCUGCUUGGUAAGAAGUGCUUCGCCCUGCGUAUCGCCUCCAAUAUCGCCAAAGACGAGGGCUGGAUGGCCGAGCACAUGCUUAUCAUGGGUGUGACGCGGCCGGAUGGAAAGGAACACUUCAUCGCAGCCGCCUUCCCGUCAGCUUGUGGUAAAACGAACCUGGCUAUGCUUGAGCCGGCUCUGCCUGGCUGGAAGGUCCGAUGUGUUGGUGAUGACAUCGCCUGGAUGAAAUUCGGUGAGGACGGUCGCCUGUACGCGAUCAACCCUGAAUCAGGUUUCUUCGGAGUUGCACCAGGUACAUCCAAGAAAACGAACCCGAUGGCAGUCGCUACGUUCCAGAAGAACUCAAUCUUCACGAAUGUCGGUGAAGACGGCUGA